CCGGGAUUAAUGUCAAGGCACAAAAGUGGCGCUACACCGUUUCCAGCUCUACUCCGGUGGUUGCCUUAGCAAUGGACGGGGAGCCAGAACCAAGCCCUGCCGCUAGAGAAGAGGCAGGGGAGAGGGUGGAGAACAUGGACGCCACUCCCUCCCCCGAGCAACAGGCCACGCCCCCCGAGGAGGAAGCUUCCAUGGUAACGGAAGAACAAGAACAAGAAGUGGUAGAAGAAGUAGAUGAAGCCACAAAGGAGAAGGGGGUCACAGAGGAAGAUGAUGACGCAUUAAAGGAGGGGGGGGUCACAGAGGAAGAUGAUAACGCAUUAAAGGAGGGGGGGGUCACAGAGGAAGAUGAUGAAGCCACAAAGGAGAAGGGGGUCACAGAGGAACUUGAUGAAGCAUUAAAGGAGGGGGGGGUCACAGAGAAAGAUGAUGAACCAUUAAAGGAGGGGGGGGUCACAGAGGAAGAUGAUGAAGCCACAAAGGAGAAGGGGGUCACAGAGGAACUUGAUGAAGCCACAAAGGAGGGGGGGGUCACAGAGGAACUUGAUGAAGCCACAAAGGAGGGGGGGGGUCACAGAGGAACUUGAUGAAGCCACAAAGGAGGGGGGGGUCACAGAGAAACUUGAUGAUGCCUCAAAAGAGGAAGGGGUCACAGAGAAACUUGAUGAUGCCUCAAAAGAGGAAGGGGUCACAGAGAAACGUGAUGAUGCCUCAAAAGAGGAGGGGGUCACAGAGGAACUUGAUGAUGCCUCAAAAGAGGAGGGGGUCACAGAGGAACUUGAUGAUGCCUCAAAAGAGGAGGGGGUCACAGAGGAACUUGAUGAUGCCUCAAAAGAGGAGGGGGUCACAGAGGAAGUUGAUGAAGCCUCAAAAGAGGAGGGGGUCACAGAGGAAGUUGAUGAAGCCUCAAAAGAGGAGGGGGUCACAGAGGAAGUUGAUGAAGCCUCAAAAGAGGAGGGGGUCACAGAGGAACUUGAUGAUGCCUCAAAGGAGGAGGGGGUCACAGAGGAACUUGAUGAUGCCUCAAAGGAGGAGGGGGUCACAGAGGACGAUGAUGAUGUGGUCCUCUUAGGGGUGGAGGACCCCCAGCCUUCUGCCACGACUCCUUCCUCACACGACACGCCCAGCACCGCCUGCCUGGAGCCGGGGGAGGCGCCUGGAGACAUGGUCACAACGAUAGAGGAGGGGGAGGAGGAGGAAAUGGAGGUGGAGGAGGUGGAGGAUGAGGAGGAAGAGGAGGAGGCGACCCUCGCUUCUCCUGCAUCUUCCAGCGCUUCCACGGCGGCGGCCCCCCCUCCUAAAACUCCCAGCACGGAAGCAGAGCCCAUAGUGAUCGAGGACGAGGAGGAGGACGCUGAGCAGAAAGACGCCUCCUCUCCCUCCCCAGGUGCACUCAGCAGCACGGAGCCAGACUCAAAGAUCAGGAUCUCCAGCGUCACCACUCUGGGGUCCGGAGGAGAGAAGGGGGGCUCGGCUGGUCCUAAAGAGAAGACCCCGACUCUGGAAGCAGAGGAGGACCAGGAGGACAUGAACCUGAUGAUCACCUCGGUGACCUCGCUGCAGGACGGGGGGGCGGCGGUGACAGUGGCAGGUGAAGGCCAGUUGGAGGAAAACGGCCUUCAGAUCAGCAGUUCAUUCAGCCUGACUCCUGAAACCCCAUCUGGUCGCCCGACAGCCUCCUUCAACCCGGGGCGGGGCCAGCUGGUGCAGAACGGAGACUCGGGGACACACAAUAGAGCAGACUCGUGGAUCUCUCAGUCAGCUUCAGUUCCCAGGAACCAGAAGCAGUCGGGGGUGGACUCUCCCUCCCCGGCCUCCUCUCUGCCCAAACCUCCGGGCCAGUCUUCCUCCAACACUUCCUCCUCCGGAUCGCAGCCGCAGGCCAGGACCGUCAAGGUGACCUGUGCUAACUGUAAGAAGCCUCUGAAGAAAGGACAGACGGCCUACCAGCGUAAAGGCUCCACCCACCUGUUCUGCUCCACCACCUGUCUGUCUGCCUUCUCACACAAACCCGCCCCCAAGAAGAGCUGCACCAUGUGCAAGAAGGACAUCACAAACAUGAAGGGGACCAUCGUGGCCCAGGUGGACUCCAGCGAGGCGUUUCAGGAGUUCUGCAGCACGGGUUGUCUCGGAGCGUACGAGAACAAACAGAACCCGCCCAAAUCAAUCCUCAAAACCAAAUGUACCGUCUGCGGGAAACUCACAGAGAUCCGGCACGAGGUUAGCUUUAAGACUGUGACCCAUAAGAUCUGCAGCGACACGUGUUUCAAUGUUUACCGACGGGCCAACGGGUUGAUCAUGAACUGCUGUGAGCAGUGUGGAGACUACCUGCCCUCCAGAUCCACCGCCAACCACUUCCUGCUGGUGGACGGCCAACAGAAACGCUUCUGCUGCCAGAACUGCAUCAGGGACUUCAAGCAGGCCAACAGUAAGCUUGCGAGCUGCCUGACGUGUAAAACUCUGAUCAAGACGGGCGAGGUGCUGCACAGCCUGGGGGCGUCCGGCACCAUGGGCUCCUACUGCUCCGUCAACUGCAUGAACAAGAGCAAGAUAGCCUCCACCUCCUUCAUCGCCUCAGAGCCUACAUGUCACUUCUGUAAGAGGAACUCUUUACCGCAGUACCAGGCCACGCUGCCGGAGGGAAGCAUCCUGAACUUCUGCAGCUCGCAGUGCGUCACCAAGUUCCAGAACACCACUCUUCAAACGGCCACCAACGGACAGACGGCGCUCUCCACCAGGAACAACAGCGUGCAGCUGAAGUGUAACUACUGUCGAGGAGCGUUCAGCCUGAGGCCGGAGGUCCUGGAGUGGGAGGAAAAGGCGUACCAGUUCUGCAGUAAGACGUGCUGCGAGGACUACAAGAAGCUGCACUGCAUCGUGACGUUCUGCGAGUACUGCCAGGAGGAGAAGACGCUGCACGAGAUGGUCAAGUUCUCCGGAGUCAAGAGACCCUUCUGCAGCGAAGGCUGUAAGCUGUUAUUUAAGCAGGACUUCAUCAAGCGCCUGGGUCUGAAGUGUGUGAGCUGUAACCACUGCAGCCAGCUGUGUAAGAGAGGUUUGACCCGGCAGCUCGGAGGCAUGACGCGAGACUUCUGCAGCGAGGCCUGCGCCAAGAAGUUCCACGACUGGUACCACAAGGCGGCGAGGUGUGACUGCUGUAAGGUUCAGGGGAGCCUGACGGAGUCUGUGAUGUGGAGGGAGGAGAUGAAGCAGUUCUGUGAUCAGGACUGUCUGCUGAAGUUCUACCUGCAGCAGAACGACCCCAUCAUGGUCACACAGAAAGGCCCCGAGAACUGCACCGUGGCGCAAGGGGUCAAACUUGGGAUGGUGAAUCAGGGCACUCUGGCGUACGCUGGGGGAGGCUUGAUGAGAGACGUGAAGAACAAGGCGGUGCUCUGCAAGCCGCUCACGCUCACCAAGGCUACAUACUGCAAGCCUCACAUGCAGAGCAAACUCUUACAGACAGAUGUAGACGAUGGUGUGAAGAGGGAGUAUAUUCCUGUACCGAUACCUGUGCCUGUCUUCAUCCCCGUACCCAUGAACAUGUAUUCCCAGUUCACCCCCACUCCAUUCACUCUGCCUGUACCGGUCCCUGUGCCUGUGUUCCUGCCCACCACCCUGCAGGGGGCGGAGCAGCUCAUCCAGACCUUCAAAGAUCUGAAACGAGAAGCUCCCUCAGACCCUCCGGAGGCCGAUAAGCUCUCUGAGGCCGAGGUGAUUUCAGACGACGAGAAGCCAGACGUGAAGCUGGUGAAGAGGGAGCGUCGAGAGAAGAAGGCCUCCAGCAGCAGCUCAGAGGAGGAAGAGGAGAAGGAUGAAGAGAAGAAUGAGGAUAUGGAGGAAGAGAAGGCAGAGGAGAAGGUGGAGGAGGAGGAGGAGGAGGAGAAGAAGGAGGACGAGGAGAAGAACGAGCAGAAGAACGAGCAGGAGAACGAGGAAGAAAUGGAGGAUAAGGAGGAAGGAAAGGAUGAGGAAGAGUACGAGCCCGACCUUGACCUGGAGGCAGACUUUCCUCAAGCCUCAGAGCAUGUUCCAGUCCUGGAGGGGAUGGACGAGGACCUGGGCUUCUCUCUGCCUCUGGUGCUGGCUGAGGAGAAGGAGGAGCCUGCGCUUCGACCGCAGCCCAGGACACAGGGGAACAAGAAGCAGGCGAUGGAGGAAGGCUCAGAUUGUGCCUCGUCUUCCUCUCCAGUAGACAGACUGUCGGGGCGGUCGCUGCCUCUCAAAGCUCGAUACGGAGUCAACGCCUGGAAACGCUGGGCGAUGUCUCCUGACCAAUCAGACGACACCAAAGUAAAGGACAGCUCCAAACCAGGUCGGUCUAAAAGCAACCUGCUGUCUCUGAGCUCAGAGGAGCUGAACGCCGCUCUGUCCCGGUUUGUGAGGGAGGUCUGCCGGCCGGGGGGGGAGCGAUACUCUGCGGACAGCAUCUUCUACCUCUGCCUGGGGAUCCAGCAGCAUCUUCACUCCAAAGGCCGGAAGGAUGACCUGUUCAGCGACCCGUGCUACCGGCUCUUUGGAGAAGAGCUGAACAAAGUCUUGAAGGACUGGCAGCCCAGCGUGCUCCCUGACGGCUCGCUGUGGGGCCGGGUGCAGGAGCAGAGUCUGUGGAGCAGCCGGCAGCUCGGCCAGCAGAGUCCGGACGCCCUGCUGCGCUCGCUGGUUUACCUCAACACCAAACACCUGGGGCUGCGCACCGUGGAGCAGCACCUCCGCCUGUCCUUCGCCAACGUAUACGGCCCCUACACCGUGCAUCCUGUCACCAAGGAGACCAGCGUGUGCGUCCGCGUGCCUUCCCUCUCUCAGGAUCACAGUGUGCAAACAACAGGGAAGAGGAAGCGGAGUUCAGAGGGCGGUGAUCAGGACUUUGAAGCAGACGAGGACUCGGGAGACUCGUCUGCUCGCUGCCCGGUGAAGAAGAACGAGACUCAGCUGUACGACCUCUACAGAUCCAAGUGCCCGUCGUUGUUGCGGGAGCGUCUCGACGUCUUCUACGUUCAGCCGGACCCCUCGUGUGGUACCGACGACCCGCUGUGGUUCAGCUCCACGCCGCUGGAGAGACAGAUCCUGGAGAGCCUGCUCACCAGAGUGCUCCUGGUCAGAGACGUUUACACAGACACACCCCACCUGGAGGAGGAGGAGGAGGAGGGUGGGGGUGAAGCAGCAGCUGGGGCAGAGUAGCACCUUUUGACUUUUGUUUGCAGAACACUCAGUGGAGGAGGAAGCAGGAGGAAGAUAGAAGUGUGUGUGCUUUUCCUGUGUCCUACCCUCUUCCCUCACUUGCUGUUUCCUCCUGGGGAGGGGCGUCCACAACCAAGAACUGGAGGAGGAUGGAAGUGGUGAUGAAGAGCAGCUCAAACGUUCAGAUGGAUUCCCAAACAGAAGAGAAACAAGAGCAGAAAUGAGUCCUGAUGUGUGACCUAACUGGGGUUAUGGGAGGCGCUUUAAUCUGUUCUCAUAGUGUAUCAACGGUUAUCAUAUUUUUGAAAAUUGGUAUGUGAAGUUGGAGGCCCAGCGUGCUUAUAGUGCUCAGACAUCAGCUUAAUUAUAUUUAAACUUUUUUAACAACACAAUUGUGAGACAGGUUAUCAGCAGCAGGCCAAAGGACAUGAAGUCAUGAAGCUUUGUGUCCUCACCAUCGCUCCGUGGAUGGAAGACUGAGCAGAAGAACAGUUCAAGAGUUAUUUUUUACAAAGAUUAAUAAGCGAAGGAUAAGCAGAGGAAGGGUCUAGUGCCCCCAUAUGAGCAGAUGGAAGAGGGGAGACUGGAGAUUUCUACAAAAGCGAGCAGGUUGAAAUUCCAUCUUUGGAUGCAUGAACUGUACAGAAACCGAAAUACAGGAAGGAUCGUCUGUGCCGAUAUUCCCGACUGUUCCCGUUCAGCAGCUCGCCACGCCACAUUAACUGAUGCUCUAUAUUUCCAAUUUCUAUUUUAAUAAACGAUGAUAAAACACCAAAUGUACUAUUGCGGGAAAAUAUUUUUGCAAUGACCCGUCAGUGAUUCAACUGUCAUUCUAUCCACUUCACUUGCUGGUUUGUAAAGUACCUACUGUUAAAAGAAAGCAACACUAAUAUGGGGUUGAAGAUUUAAAAUUCUUGCACACCUACUGUUAGUCUGCUGGACUUCUGCUCAGGUAAAGUUUGUCUUGGGGUUUUUAACAUAAACUGUUGGAGUUUCCUGUUUCUGCGUGAUCUCCAUCAGACCUUUUGGCUGGACAGAUGUUAGCCAAUAGAAACAUUAUACUAUAUUUUAUUCCAAACUAGUACAUCACCAUCCAAUCGGAAGACAAAUUGCAGCAAUGCUCUAUUUGGUUGCUCUGUUUUACUUAGUACCUGGAUCAGAAAAGUGACCGCACCCUUUUCCAUUGUUGUUGGAAGGGAAUCUUUUGUGCCCGCAUGUUUUAAGAUCAAAUUGUCACCUAACUCGAUAUUAAAUCAAAUAACAUGAUUUGCACCUGGGAUUUGUCUUGCUACACUUCCAGGUUUAGGAAAACUGGUCCAAAUGUCUUUCUGUUGCAUGUUAUCUUCUGUCCACAAACGGAGCACAAAGACCACUUCCUCUCAGUCAGGGUGACUUGCUGCUCUCACAUCAUAACUGAGGCUGAGCUGCUUCAGUUUCUUCCCAUCAUCCCUCACUCUCUUCCUGUCAGUUCUGCUCUCAGGAGAACCCGUUUUCACCACAGAGGGCUUUUGAGGAGUCUGAUCCCAGGACAGUAAAAAGAGGACUGACUAACCCUCGUGCUCUGUGGUGCGGGUCAAAGACAACCUACUGACAUGCUGCGUUUCUUCAUGGACUUCAGGGGAACCUUCACUGAUGCGAUGUAGCAUUAUGGGGGUGCUAAACGCAGAUUGAGUUGCUUUCAAAGUGUAAAUAUCUCUGAAACGAGAUGGAGUCACCACAGAGGGGAAAGAAAAACACCCAGUGAGAUCUUCAGCUUGACCAAACCCUUUUUUUAAAAGACUAUUUAUUUAUCCUUUCAUUAGUUUAUCCUCUUUACGUCGGGAUGGGUUACUUAUUUCUACGGGUGCCAUUUCCUCUUCAGCCCUCGUUCAUUAACAACCUGCUGCACCCCCUCGCCUCUCCUGAACACGAAGGACAGAUUAUUCAGAGACUAUUUUAGAGAAUUAUCUUUCCGCUUUAGAUCCCGUGUUUGUACUUCCCUGGCUUGUCUCUGCUAUUCUGAGUCUCCUUUUAAGACUUAAGUAUUGAUUUAGUUAAAACUGAGCACUUUUUAGUAAGUGCCCUAUUCUUCCAAGCUGUUUAGAGUGAUAGCACUGCUAAAAUGACGCCUAUAUUAUUACAAAGUGGUCGGACAUUUUGUUGUUUUUCUUCAUUGUUUUACACAAAUUGUUUCUUCGUUUUGUUUUUUAUUCAUGUCCGUAAUGUCCCCAUUCUUUUACUUUUCAUUUUUGGAGUUUAAUUUGCUUUCUGAUUGUUUCAAUAAAUUGGAGAAAGUGUCAUCAAGUUUAAAAUCGAAGUGAACACUAUUUGGGAUUUUCUUUUCUUCUACUUUCUUGUUCACAUUAACUUUCCUUUUAAAGGGAGAACACUCUGAGAUGUGAAGAUGAAUGAAAUAUACACGUAUACGUUUUCUCAAGUGCUCAAAUAACAGGAACACCCCACAGAAUUUGUCACCACCACCAUUAUUACUAAAUCGGAAAAAAACAACUGACUGAAGUGGAUUAAACAGAUUACGAGAAACCACUUCCAGAGUUUUAGUUUUUCUAAAGAGCAGGUGUUCCUGUUAUUUUGUACACUUGUAAGUGCAUCUAACACUAGAAGUGCAUUUGAGGAACAGUUUUUUUGGGGGACAUGGAGGGUAAACAUUGGGCUAUUGCUGACACCAGACCAGAGUCCCUAAAACCUUUUACAUGUUGGAAGCUGACUGAACUGACCCCGGAUCAGAGACCCCAGAUCAGACCUGCUGCAGACGCUGUGGCUCUAAUGCCGAAUGUGAAUGUGCCUAUCUGUAAAUACUGGAAGUGAGUGACUGUGACUUGAGUCUGAUGCUUUGUGUGUGGGCUGAUCAUGUUAAAUAAAUGAUUUCUUUUUCUAA